UAAGGAGUAAAUUGUCGAUAACCUCACACUUGUGUCCCUGUGUUUAAAAUCGAUAAGUGAUUGGCUUUCAUGGUGGUUAGGAUUUUUUGGGGGUCUGUAACCGUUCCCAUUAAAGGGGUUCGUCAUGGCUUUGAAACGGAGACGGGCGACAUCCCCCUCUAGCAGUGUGAGUGGAGGAGAUUUUGAUGAUAGCCAGGCUUCGUUAAUGUCUUCAAUUGGGAGAAAGAGGAGAAGGACCGUAAACAUUCCAACUGUGGAUCCUAUUGCUGUAUGUCAUGAGCUGUAUAACACAAUCAGAGAUUACAAAGAUGACCAGGGCAGGAUGUUGUGUGAGCUGUUCAUCAGAGCCCCCAAACGAAGGAAUCAACCAGACUAUUACAAUGUGGUGUCUCAGCCCAUUGACAUGAUGAAGAUUCAACAGAAAUUAAAAAUGGAGGAGUAUGAUGAUGUUGAACAACUAACCAGCGACUUUCAGCUUUUAUUUAACAAUGCAAAAACUUAUUAUAAGUCAGACAGUCCUGAGUACAGGGCAGCCUGUAAACUGUGGGACCUUUACCUGCGAACCAAGAAUGAGUUUAUUCAACGAGGGGAAUUUGAUGAGGAUGAUGAAGAAGGGUAUGAUGCUCAAGAAAAUCCUGGCGGUUCCACUGAAGAUGAGACUACACCUACCUUUUUGAAAGAGGUCUUUGAGCAGCUCCUUGAUGCUAUUUUGUCUUACACUGAGCCUACUGGUCGCCUAGUCAGCGAGCUGUUCCAGAAGCUCCCUUCCAAAAUGCAAUAUCCUGAUUAUUAUGCUGUCAUUAAGGAACCCAUAGAUCUGAAAACCAUCGCUCAGAAGAUCCAGUUGGGACACUACAGGAGUGUCAAUGCCAUGACGAAAGACAUAGAUUUGAUGGUGAAGAAUGCCAAAACUUAUAAUGAGCCAGGAUCACAGGUUUUUAAGGAUGCUAAUACCAUUAAAAAGAUUUUUGCACAAAAGAAGUCCGAGAUGGAGCACGGAGAGCCAAUCAAGUCCAGCAUCCGCAUCAGGAACAGAAGGUCUGCCCAAGGAGACCGCCUCUCCGCUAUCACGAUGGCUCUUCAAUAUGAAAGCGAUGAGGAGGGCAUACUCUCUGGGUCUGUCCACUAUGACGAAGGGGAAUCAGAGGCAGAGAGUAUGACGUCUAACAUGGACAUGACUAAUCCCAUCUUCCAGCUUUAUGAAGCUGUGCGAGGUGCCAGGAAUAGCCAGGGCCAGCAGAUUUCUGAGCCUUUUUCGCAGCUGCCCUCUAGGAAGGAAUAUCCUGACUAUUACCACCAGAUUAAUCAGCCCAUCUGCCUGCAUCACAUCAAGAACAAGAUGAAGAACAACGAGUAUGAGAGUGUUGAGCAUAUUGACUCAGAUCUGACGCUGAUGUUUGAGAAUGCGAAACGCUACAAUGUUCCUCACUCCUCCAUCUACAAGCGCGCUCUCAAACUUCAACACAUUCAGCAGACAAAGAGAAAGGAGCUUCUGCAGAGAGAUGAUGACGAUGGUGACAGCAUGCUCUCGUCUGCUACGUCUGACACCAGUAGCACAAAAAGAAAAAGUCAUAAGAAGAAUACAAAGAAAAACCGAAUGAAAGCUCUCUUAGCCGGUGUGAUUGAGGCACGAGAAGUUGGCACUGGUCGUAGGCUCUGUGACCUUUUCAUGGUGAAGCCGUCGAAGAAGGACUAUCCUGAUUACUACAAGGUUAUCCUGGAACCAAUGGACCUCAGGACCAUUGAGCACAACAUUCGAUUAGACAAGUACAUGACUGAAGAUUCAAUGAUCGAGGAUAUGAAGCUGAUGUUCCGCAAUGCACGCCACUACAACGAGGAAGGCUCACAGGUCUACAAUGAUGCAGACAUUCUUGAGAAGAUCAUGGAGGACAGACGCAAGGAACUCGGGCCACCAACUGAUGAUGAUGACAUGACAUCUCCAAAACUAAAAAUAAGAAAGAGCAGCAUUAAUCCGAAGAAGUCUAAGUACUUGACACCCUUACAGCAGAAACUAAAUGAGCUCUAUGAAGCUGUUAAGAACUACACAGAUAAGCGCGGCCGUCGCCUCAGCACCAUCUUCCUGCGACUUCCGUCUCGAGCGGAGCUACCCGAUUACUACAUCGCUAUCAAGAAACCGGUGGAUAUGGAGAAGAUCAAGAGCCACAUGCUGGCUAACAAGUACCAGGAUGUAGAUGCUCUGGUGGACGACUUCGUGCUCAUGUUCAACAAUGCCUGCACCUAUAAUGAGCCCGAGUCUCUGAUUUACCGCGACGCUCUGUUGCUGCACAGAGUGCUUUUAGAGACAAGACGUGACCUGGAGGGAGGAGACGAUGCUCAUGUGCCCGACGUGCCCCGCCUCAUCCAGGAACUUGUCCGCAGUCUCUUUGUGUCUGUGCUCGGUCAUCAAGAUGAUGAAGGACGGUGCUACAGCGAUUCGCUCGCUGAGAUCCCCGCCGCUGAUCCAGCAAAUGUUGACAAGCCACCACUUAAUUUUGAGAUUAUCAGGAAAAAUGUGGAUCGGGGCUGUUACAAAAGACUGGAUGUAUUUCAAGACCACAUGUUUGAAGUUCUGGAAAAGGCCAGACGGUUAAAUAGGACAGAUUCAGAGAUCUUUGAAGAUGCUGUAGAGCUGCAGCAGUUCUUCAUUCGGAUCCGAGAUGAGCUGUGUAAGAACGGAGAGAUCUUGAUGUCUCCUGCCCUCAGCUACACCUCUAAACAUUUACAUAAUGAUGUGGAAAAAGAGAAGAAGGAAAAGCUUCCCAAAGAGUUUGAGGAGGACAGAAUCAAGAGAGAGGAGGAGAAAAGGGAGGCAGAAAAGAGGGAGGACCCUGUCGGAGGUUCAUGGCAGGUUCAGCGUACUUACAGCCAGAACUGCAGCUUCAAGGAUCGCAUGUACCAUGUGGGAGACUACGUAUACGUGGAGCCUGCAGAGCCCAACCUUCAGCCACAUAUAAUCUACAUUGAACGCCUUUGGCAAGAUGAAACUGGGGAGAAGUGGCUGUACGGCUGUUGGUUCUACAGGCCGAAUGAAACGUUUCAUCUGGCCACAAGAAAGUUUUUGGAAAAGGAAGUUUUCAAGAGCGACUACUACAACAAAGCUCCCAUCAGCAAGAUUCUUGGAAAAUGUGUAGUCAUGUUUGUAAAGGAGUACUUCAAGCUUUGCCCAGAAGGAUUCAGAGCAGAGGAUGUCUACAUCUGUGAGUCUCGCUACUCUGCCAAGUCUAAGUCCUUCAAGAAGAUCAAGCUGUGGACCAUGCCCUUGAGCUCCAUGCGGUUGGUUCCCAGAGACGUACCCUUGCCUGUAGUCCGUGUAGCUUCUAUGUUUGCUUGUAAACAAGAGGAGAAGACUGUAGAGGAGACUGUAGAGGAGACUGUAGAGGAGCCUGUAGAGGAGAGCAAAAUGACAGAGGCCGUUAUGGACAAGGAAACCAAUUUGUGUCUACAGGAAAGAGAAGAUGUCCCAUUGGAUAUGCCCAAUGGGGAGUCUGGUUGUCAAUACUAUGAGCAGCUCUGUUACAACAACCUGUGGCUUAAAGUGGGAGAUUGUGUCUAUAUUGGGUCUCAUGGACUGGUGCGCCACAGAGUGGGCAGAAUUGAGAAAAUGUGGAUGCGUGAUGGAGCAGGGUACUUCUUUGGCCCCAUCUUCAUCCACCCUGAAGAGACGGAGCAUGAACCGACUAAGAUGUUCUACAAGAAGGAAGUGUUCCUUAGCAACAUAGAGGAGACUUGUCCCAUGACCUGCGUUAUAGGAAAGUGUGUUGUGGCAUCCUUCAAAGAAUACUUGUCAUGCCGACCCACUGAAGUUCCUGAAGAGAAUGUUCUUCUGUGCGAGAGUCGCUACAUUGAAAGUGAAAAACAGAUGAAGAAGUUCAAGGGUCUUAAGCGUUUUUCACUCUCAGGGAAGGUGGUGGAGGAUGAAAUCUACUAUUUUAGGAAACUUCUGGUUCCACAGAAAGAACCGUCUCCUCUCUUAGACAGGAAAAUUCAGGAACUGGAGGCUAAAUUUGCUGAUAUGACAGACGAAGAGCUAGAGGAUCUUGGUGAUGAUGAUGGCGACUUAGGGGACCAGUCUCUUCCUCAGAUGCAGUCUUCUAUGUCGAGUGACAUAGAUAUCAUGCCUUACACCCCUCCACAGUCCACCCCUAAAAUCAUAAAGGGGCUUACGAAGAAGGAAGGCUCUAAGCGGAAGAUCAACAUGAGUGGUUACAUCCUGUUCAGCAGUGAGAUGCGAGCAGUCAUCAAAGCCCAGCACCCAGACUUCUCCUUUGGGGAACUCAGCCGCCUCGUUGGAACAGAAUGGAGAAACCUGGAGAGCUCCAGGAAAGCAGACUAUGAAGAGCGAGCAGCCAAAGUGGCGGAGCAGCAGGAGCGUGACAGGACCUAUCAUCAGACGUCCCCUAGAGCAGGUACCCCAGUAGGGGCACUGAUGGGGGUGGUGCUUCCCCCAGCCCCCAUGGGGAUGCUAAAUCCCAGCAUGAUGCCUGUGUCAGGUAUGAUGGGUGAAUAUAGAUCAGCUAUGAUGCAUCUGCAUGGCCCUUUUGAAGGCCUGGUUAGUAUGACUGGCAUACCACCACAUCACAUGGGGGUACCUCUCUUUCCCCAACAUCUCCUGCCCGUUAUACCUGGGUUCCAUGGAAUGCCAUCCUUUGGAGUCAAUGGCAUGGGAAGUGGACUCGCAACAGGAAACAUUCAUGGAUCUCAGAUGGGGUCAGGGCAACAGGCUCCACCACCAUACCCUGGACAAGGCCAGACGGGACAACCAGCUCUCCAGCAGCCCUCCACACCAAUGUUUGUGUCCCCACCAGCCAAAUCUCAGCGCCUGCUUCACUCUGAGGCUUACCUCAGAUACAUUGAAGGCCUUUCCUCAGAAUCCACCACCGUCAGCAAGUGGGACCAGACUCUCAAAGUUCAGAAACAAGAUGUGCGCCUAACAAAAGAGCAAGAGAGUAGACUACCAACCCACUGGCUGAAGAGCAAAGGGGCGCACAAGACUAUGGCAGAUGCACUUUGGCGGCUCCGGGACCUGAUGCUGCGGGACACCCUAAACAUGCGUCACAUGCACAACCUAUAGAGUGCUAAUGUUCUGAGCCUCUAUUCUCAAAACCUGUGUAACAGGAAGAGAUUUAAAAGUCUUCAUGUUGUGUUGUUUAAAAGAAAAACAUGUGCUUUCUUCGUUGAAACUGUUUUUGUUUUUGGUUUACAUGUUGGAUAUGUUGUUCUAAGUGCAUUGUUAUUACUAGACUGCCUGUUUGUGAUGAAGGCCUUCAUGCGUUCACAAUAAAAUAUGUGAAGAAUUCA